AUGGCCAAAAGAAGUCGAAUCAAAAACCUGCUCAUCGCCACAUCCGCCGAGGUGCCGAGCGUAGUAACUCGGUCGCCAGCCGCCGGUCAAUCCAGUGGCGCCGUGGUCGCCCUUGCCACUCAAUCCACCGGGCAAUCCAACCGAGAAGCCUCUGCACGUCGGGCCGGAAAAAGAGCUCGGGUAGACCCGUCCACCGACCUAGUCACCGAGCUUACCACCGAGCACCCAACAGACGCCCCCGCCCCAGUGCCGGCCUGGCGCCCACAUUUGAAGCACCGGGGUCAAGACAUCCCGGCGACGGCUUCAAUCAAGGCUGACAAAGAGCAUCUGCUCGCCUUUGAUCUGUCAAAAGCUCUGCUACUACUGAGCGACGUGGUCGGCAGCGACCACGUCCCUGACACUCGGUUGGUCAAGUCGUCAGUGAAGUCUAUGGCCAGGGCCAUUCAGAAACAACACUUGGUUUUGGAGCGCAUCCACCGGCUUAGGCAGAAAGCCAACGACACAGCCAGCCAGGUUGAAAGCCUUCAAGCCGAGCUCGGCCGGGCUAAGUCUUCGCUUGAAAUGGCCAACUCCGACAAUAACAGACUGCUCGGCCAGCUAGAUGCGGCCGAGAAAAAACAAAAUGAGCUCGAGACCGAGGUGGCUACCCUGAAGAAAUCGAAGAAGAAAGCUUGUCGGGCUGCAAACACCGCCGGCUUUAACGAGGCCGAGGAGAGCUACAAGAAGCAAGUCUUUGCAACGCAAGACAUCUACUUCAAAGCAGGCUGGAAGUCUGCCUGCGAACACCUCGGCCAAGGCUCCGACACCGACGUAUUUGCCAACCCUCCUCCAGCUUCGCUACCGGUCUACCUUGUGCCUUACGCGAACGACGUAUUCAGCGCUCUGCAAGCGGAGGCCGAGGAAGGACUUGAAGAUGGAGAGGAUGACACAGAUUCAGAGGCAGAGGCCGAGGUGCCAGAGCAGCCCGGCAGUGCUGAGCCCGGUGCCUAA